AUGAAUGCACAUCAUGAAGAACUUGUAAUACAAUUCCAAUUAUUAUUUGGAGUUCAAAAUGAAUUAAAAGAAUCAUUUAAUAUUGUUGAAUCAAAUUGGAAAAACAAAAAAGAACUUCCUUGUUUAUUUGAAAUCGAUCAAUGGGAACAAGAGUUUAUCAAUGGUAUUCGACAAAUUGCUGAAAAAGCUCGAACAACUGUUAAUGAUAUAAUGGUAAAGAAUAUAUCUGAUAUUCGUCAACGAUUUGAUCAACUCACAUUUGAUAUGCAACAACGUCAACAUGAAGGAAAUUAUUUAGAUAAUGAUAUUGCUGAAAUACGAAAUCAAUUAGAACAAUUAAAUAAUUCUAUUAGAACAAUUAAUGAAAAAAUUCGAAUAAAUUAUACAGGAACGAAUAAAGUAGAUUGGAAUUCUUUGAUCAAUGUUACAGCAGAUAAAAAAUUACUCGAAAAAAAAUUAAUAGAAAAUCGUUUCGAUUUUUCAGAAUUUCAUUUUGAAGAAGAAAGUACUCAAGAAAAAAUUUGGAAGACUAUACGAAAAUUCAUAAGAAAUAAACAUGCAAAUAAUGAUGUCAAAACUCAACAAUCAAAUAUUAAAGGUAAUACAUCUGCAAUUUUUGAACCAAUCGGACUUACUGCUUGUGAUACAUCUAAUUCUUCAAUUGCUGUACGGAAUUCAUAUACCAAUGCAAUAAAAACUAUGUCUAAUAAUUUUCAACGAAAUUCAUUGCAGAAUGAUGAAUUAAUGAAUUCUAUAACUUUUACAUUGAGAAACAAUGAUCAAAUACUUUCUCAAGCAUCGGAUGUCUAA